GCCUGCGGUUAGAGUAUCAGUCCGAGGGGAGCGCAGCAGCGAAACACUUGGAGGAACAGAAACUAUCGCAUGCCGAUGCUGGAUUAUAAGGAUGCAGGAGAUGAUGCAGAGGUAGACCGUCUUAAGCUGUUGGCUUUUCACAUUUGUAACAAGAGGCAUAAGUGAGAACGAUGAUGAUCCCUGUCACAUGUAGAAUAGGUCUGCAGGUGUCUUUUCUCCUCCUCUUAAUUGGACAAACACAUGGUAGAGUGACGGCGCCGGCACGUUUGAAGGCACCAGUGGACAAACCCUUUACACUUACCUGCACGCUGUCAAAGGACCGUGGUGAAACUUUGAGGGAGGUCCGUUGGCUGGAUGACAAGAAUCAGACCCUGCUGAGCUACCAGCCAGGUAACAGAGACAGCGUGAGUGGACAGCAGCAUGUGGAGCUCGCCACCUCACCAAAGGACUCCUCAGCGAUCACCAUUCGCAGGGUGGGCUUCCGUGAUGAAGGCUGCUACACCUGCAUCUUUGAGCUCAGUCCUUCAGGUUCAAAGCAAGGACAGACGUGUCUCACUGUUGACGCCGAAGUCACAUCAGAGAGAAACAAAACAGCAGUGAGCGGCAAGAAGGCGUCCCUGUCAUGCUCCUUUGGUUUGCCCGAGAAGGUGCAGCAGAUACUGUGGAAACACACACCUGCUCAAGGUGAAUCGACAGAGGUGGCCUCUUUCGCGAAGCGGAGCGACCCCAUGAUCGAGCCAGCUUAUCAGGGGAGAGUCUGGCUCUCUGCUUCUCUGUCAGACAGUCAGCUUACGAUCCAGCCUGUCGCCAUCCAGGAUGAGGGCUGCUACACCUGCUUCUAUGAGACGCACAGCGAGGGGACAAAGAGCUCUGUGGUCUGUCUCUCUACCUACGUUCUUCCAAAACCUCAGGUGAGCUACAAGACCACGUCUCCAGGCGUGAUCGAAGCCAACUGCACGUCUGUAUCUCGGCCUCCUGCAGAGAUUGUGUGGAAUGUGGAGACGGACAACCGCACCAUUGGCCCCCCUGUGACAGUGCAUCUGCGUCAGGAUGACGGGACCACGCUAGUCAUCAGCACGCUGACCGUCCAAUCAGGGCUGCUGAAAGACGUGUCUGUCAAAUGCUUGGUGCAUCACAAGGGGCUCGAGUCACCCAUCGCUGUAUCCAUGAACACUAAGAUUGGCACGGCUCUCACCAUCCUGAUCUCGGUCACCACGGUCGCAGCUCUGCUGGUGAUGUCCUUGUGCUUCUGCCUUUGGAAGUGUUUUUUGCGUAAAGAAGAUGAUUAAUCUUAGACACAGGAGCUGAAAAGAGGAUCUUCUCAGGACAGUCCUGAUGAGAACGUUUCCCUGCCGUGUCCUCGUGUCUCUUCAUCGUCGCCAUAUCUGUUACUAUAUGGUUGGAAAGGGAAGAUGCUCUCAAAUUCCUUAAGGGCUGUCCAGCACAAUCCUAUUCAUCAUCACCACCUGGGCGACACUCAGCUUUACUCUGACUCUUCCAUAGUCAUCUUUUUUUUUCUAUUUUUGUUCAUCUCAGCUCUGUAACUGAUUGAGUCGAUGGCUACACAUUCCCGAACAGCGGAGUCUCUGUGCGGCUGAGUUGAGUUAUUCUGCAGAACAUUUCAUGCCCUCAGAAAACCUUUUUGUGGUUGUCUGUGUUUUUUUUUUUUGUUGUUUUUUUUUUUCCAUGAACCUCAGAGAUGUGUCUUAAUAUUUUCUAUUUUUCUUACUCGCUAAAAUGUAAUACAAACUC